AUGGUGCUAGUAGGCUACUCCGACUCCGAAGGCUCAGAUGCCGAACCAGAUACUACACCCGUGCCCCAGAUUAGCAAAACAAAAAAGGUCGGCUCCAAAGCUGGGUUCCAGAUCGACCGCAGCGACUCGGGCAAGAUCCGCAUCGCGAUUCCAGAUAUCAAACCUGAGCACCCAUCCGGCGAAGACACCGAAGAUGGUCCGCGCAAGAAGGCUCGGUUGGGUGGAGGAGGCCUUUCAGGAUUCAACGCCUUCCUUCCAGCGCCGAAACGAACACUCGAAAAGAAAGCACCAGUGGCGACAACACGAAAAGUGUUUAGUCUCAAAACAGGUGCCGGCCCUGGAUUUGAUCGCACAGCUGAUGCGGAAAUGAAGAAUGAUUACGCAUUCGAAGAUCUAGUGGGAGGCGCAGAGGACACCACAUCUGCACCUGCCAGCUCAAACCCCGACACUGGAUCAGAUGCACCGGUGGAGACAAUGAAAACCCCAGCGGAGGUCAAAUUGCAAGGAAAUCCAAUGAUGUUCAGACCGUUAUCCGUCGGACGGCCUCAAAAGAAGAGGAAGACCACCAAGAUUGCCGAACAACCAACACCUUCGUCAACAGCAGCGCCGAAGCCUGCUCAACCUCUACAGCAAGCCCCUACCCCUACCCCUACCCCUGCACCUGCACCUGCACCUGCACCACCAAAACCUAAAGUCAGUCUCUUCUCUCUAUCCACGGACGAGGCCACUUCUCAGCCAGCCCCGGCACCUGGACCAUCGACAACCUACCAGCCGCUGGUAUACAACGCUGAAGGCGAAGAAUUAUCAGCAGCUGGUCCAGUACUCGCUGAAUCUGCACCAAUCGCCAUGGAGCAUUCAACAGCAACAGUAUCAACCAAUCCUACGUCAUCUUUGGACAGCAUUGCCAACGAUCUGAACUUGUCCAAGGCCGAAAGACGCCAGCUCUUCGGUCGGAAUGCCAUGCCGUCGCAGUCACAGGUGCGUACCUUCAACACAGACGAGGAGUACGCAUCAAACCAGGUUCUGGCUCAAGGCGAGCUGGCUGGAGCACAGCACAACCCUGUGCGCGCCAUUGCGCCGGGCAAGCAUACGCUCCAGCAAUUGCUCAACGUUGCAAGCUCGCAGAAGGAGGCAUUGGAGGAAAGCUUUGCAACAGGUCGGAGAAACAAGAAGGAAGCUGGAUCCAAGUACGGAUGGUAG